AUUUACGUCUUUAUUUGGUAUAUGUAUAGAUUUUAUAGCUCAUUUUUACAUUGAUAAUGCUAAUGCUGCGCCUAAAUCCUCAGGAAUAACGAGGGAAUCCGUGCAAAGACAGUGGAAUGAAUUGUUUAUUCCUUUAAUUUAGCAGAUAUUUCACUCUCUUGUGUUUUACAGCUGUACAACCUCCUUUAAUUUUCCAUAGACAGAGAUAGAGUAGCAGAUACCGCAGGAACUGUCCCCAACCCCUGAUAAUCAUCACUUUAAAUAAUGUCUCAGGAUGAUGGGCCUAAGCCUAUCCUCGUAGAGCAGCUAAUUACGGAAUUUGAGCAAUCGGUGGAUAUUAUCGACGAAAGGGAUGAAGAAACGUACGCACAGUAUGCCUGGGAGAAGGAUGUUGACCGAUCAUGGGAACAAUUAGUUGAUAAAGAUGGCGUACUACAGUUUGUAGAGCCACAAAGCCGCUGUUUAACGACAAACGAAUCGCAGUUAGGCUCCACUGUGCUAAGGGAUAAAGGUUUAAUAAGAAAACGGGGCAUUAUUCGGAAUCUCGUGAUUAUAUUUGACAUGAGUGACCGUAUGCAUGAAAUGGACUUUAAACCGGACCGUUUGUACUGUGCCUUUGGAGCUGUAAAGGAAUUUGUAAAAGAAUUGUUCCAUCAGGGUCCAAUAACACAGAUAGGACUCAUUGGACUGAGAAAUAAAGUUUCAACAAUGAUCAGUCAGCUGGGAACAAACCCAGAUGAACAAAUUGAGCUACUUGGAAAUGCUUUAAAGGAGGGUCCCAGCGGGACUGCAUCACUUCAGAAUGGCCUAGAGAUGGCACUGACUAUACUUUCUACUCUUCCCUCGUACACCACUAGAGAAGUGUUGAUUAUCUUUGGCUCCAAUAGAACUCUGGAUCCUGGAAACAUACUCGCAACCUUGUAUAAACUAAAAGAGAAUCAUAUUUGCGUAAAUGCUAUAUCUCUCGCUCCGGAGCUAUAUAUACUGAAGAACAUUUGUACCGAAACUGGUGGAAUGUGUUCCGUUGCGAUGGAUGCAGCACAUUUGAGGACAUUGCUAAAUGACUUUACUAUACCUCCUCCAUGGCACAACUGGAUGGAACCUGUUUUAACAAAAGUUGCCUUUCCCCCUCUAAAAAAGACUACAACAGCCUCGUUAUGUGCCUGUCAUUCUAACCUCACUCAUACGGCAUAUAUUUGUCCACAAUGCCAUAGUAAGUCAUGUUCAAUACCAACUCGAUGUAGAUGUUGUGGAAUAUAUUUGGUUUCUCCUCCAGAUAUUUCGAGGGCAUUUUAUCACUUGAUCCCUCCAAAGACAUUUAUUAAAGACUCUCGAACAGGUCGCUGUGAUACUUGCAACUAUGAAACUUCAAAUGGGUCUACAUGCCCAGAUUGCGCAAGUUUCUUUUGUGAAUAUUGUGAUGCAUAUAUCCACAAUGAGUUGCAUCAAUGCCCUCACUGCUUGUAUACUACACCUAUCAAAACAGAAACAUGA